CGAGUCAGCGUCAAAAGCUGCGGGACUUAUGGUGCUGUACUCCGUACUCAUAUGCCUUCUCGAAAACAUCGCCCAGAUAUGAUUAAUAAUUCAAUCGUUGUAAUACUUAUGUAUAUAUCGUCUACGCCCCUAUGUUACCUGGAAGCUAGGCACGCGGGCCUUCGAUCGACAAGGAAAGGUUCAAUAUGACAGGACUAUCCUUUAAAGUUUUGGACGAUAGACAAUCGGAAGAUACUGGAAGUACAGACUCGCAUUAUAGCCCUCCUGAAAUAGACAUGAACUACCUCCCACAGGAGGGGGCUAACUCUAGGACUACACAGCAUGAGAACGACCACAUCCCUGAGUUUUAUACGCAGGAUGGUCAUGACAAUGCCACAAAUGGCAGCCAACCGGAAAAUGGCCGUGGUGACUUGGAAGAUAGUGCUUGGGGGGUGAGGGAACUUGCUAGGCAAUAUACCCUUCAAUCCACGGAUUCUCACGUCGUCACGAACCCUUUUGAAGCUGAACCUGGCUCAAUAAUAGACCCCAAUUCUGACAAUUUCGAGCCAAAGGCCUACAUAAAGGCUCUGUUUAACCUUCACCAAGCGACUGAUGGGGUCAUGAAUAGGACCGCCGGUGUUGCGUUUCGAAAUCUCAGCGCCUACGGCUACGGCACUACAACAGAUUACCAGAAAAAUGUAGGCACCAUACUGAUGCAAGUGGUUAGAGGGGUUAAAAGCCUUCUUGGGAUGGGUGGUCAACGUCGCGUCGAUAUUCUACAAAAUUUCGAUGGCCUCCUUCAAGCCGGUGAGAUGCUCAUAGUUCUCGGUCCACCAGGCUCGGGCUGUUCUACCUUCUUGAAGACGAUCGCUGGACAAACGUACGGAUACAAGGUUAGCGAAGACUCCUCUAUUAAUUAUCAAGGGAUUGGGUUCCAACAGAUGCAUACCGACUUCCGCGGUGAAUCCAUCUAUACAGCAGAACAGGACGUCCACUUCCCAAUCCUGACAGUUGGGGAUACCCUUUAUUUUGCUGCUCGGACUAGGGUGCCGAGAAAAAUCCCCGGUGCGGUCUCUAAGGAUACAUUCGCAAAACAUCUGCGAGACGUGGCAAUGGCCACUUUCGGUAUCAGGCACACCGUGAAUACAAAGGUUGGCAAUGAUUUCAUCCGUGGUGUUAGUGGUGGCGAACGUAAACGUGUCAGUAUUGCCGAAGCGGCUCUCAGCUGUGCGCCCCUACAGUGCUGGGAUAACUCAACAAGGGGACUUGAUAGUGCAAACGCCGUCGAGUUUUGCAAGACAUUGAGGCUUCAGGCCGAUGUGUUCAAUAUAACGCCUGCCGUGGCUAUAUAUCAAGCGCCUCAGGCAGCCUAUAAUCUCUUUGAUAAGGCUAUUGUUCUCUAUGAAGGCCGUGAGAUCUAUUUCGGCAGGGCAGAUGAAGCAAAGGCGUACUUUGUAAAAAUGGGCUUUCAUUGCCCUGAAAGACAAACUACUGCUGACUUUCUUACGUCGAUGACCAGUCCACACGAGCGCAUCAUUCGACCGGGAUUUGAAGGCAAAGCUCCGCGCUCUUGCGACGAGUUUGAAGCGGCGUGGAAGAAUAGCCCUGAAUAUAGAGCACUUCUAAGUGAAAUUUCCCAAUUUGAGGAGGAGCAUCCAAUCGACAGCCGAGACCUCGAAAAGUUUCAGCAGUCACGAAGGCUCCAGCAGUCUAUUUUCCAAUCCGUGCAUUCGCCUUAUACCUUGUCCUACGUUGAACAAGUCACUCUAUGCCUGUGGCGAGGGUUCCGGCGUCUAGAAGCUGACCCAAGCUUGACACUCACUCAACUCUUUGGUAACUUCAUUAUGGCAUUAAUUGUUGGCUCAGUCUUCUACGACCUCGACGAAACCACAAAUUCAUUCUUCUCUCGCGGCACUUUACUUUUCUUUGCCCUCGUCAUGAAUGCUUUGAGCUCUCUCUUGGAAAUUCUCACUCUCUACGCCCAACGUGGAAUCAUCGAGAAGCAUAAACGAUUUGCACUCUAUCGCCCUUCAGCCGAAGCAAUUGCAUCAAUGCUGACAGAUAUGCCCUAUAAGAUGUUGAAUACGAUUACUCUGAAUACCACGCUGUACUUUAUGGCAAAUUUGAGGCGCGAGCCUGGGGCGUUCUUUUUCUUCUUGUUCGUCAUGUUCCUUUUGACAUUGGUUAUGAGCGGGCUAUUUCGCACAAUCGCCUCCGUUACUCGGUCACUCGAACAGGCGCUUGCACCAGGGUCGGUUUUUGUCAUUGGAAUUAUCGUUUACACUGGCUUUGUUAUCCCACCAAAUUAUAUGCUCGGCUGGUCACGCUGGAUCAAAUACAUUAAUCCGCUCGGGUAUGGCUUCGAGUCUCUGAUGGUUAAUGAAUUUUCAGGUCGCUAUUUCCUGUGCUCUCCUACCCAGCUGACUCCUAUAUAUGGCGAUAUUGCGAACUCCAUUUGUUCUGUUGUGGGCUCCGUACAGGGUGAAACUUUCGUCAAUGGUGAUAACUACAUUAACUCAUCUUACGAAUAUUAUGCGGGGCACAGGUGGAGAAAUGUAGGCAUCUUAUGGGCAUUCCUAAUCGGGUUAACUGGGGCGUAUCUCCUCGCAACAGAGAUUAUUUCCAGCAAGAAAUCUAAAGGGGAGGUUCUCGUCUUUCAGCGUGGUCACAUCCCCUUAUGGGCUAAGAACACGUCUGAGGAUGCUGAAGCAGCUCGCACUGGAGUCUCCACUCCAACUGAAAAGGAGAUCGAAGGGCGAGGAUUGUCGGCCGCCAUCAAGAGGCAGACUUCGAUCUUUCAAUGGCAUGACGUCUGCUACGACAUUAAAAUAAAAGGUCAGCCCAGACGUAUUUUAGACAAAGUAGAUGGAUGGGUGAAACCAGGCACUCUCACUGCCCUCAUGGGCGUGAGCGGAGCGGGCAAGACAACACUGCUGGAUGUGCUUGCUACUCGUGUCACGAUGGGAGUCAUUAGCGGGGAGAUGCUAGUCGAUGGGCGUCAACGCGACAGAUCAUUUCAACGAAAGACUGGGUAUGUCCAACAACAGGACCUCCAUCUUUUGACCUCCACUGUCCGUGAGGCUCUUAAUUUCAGUGCCUUACUCCGUCAGCCUGCCGAUGUUCCCCGACAAGAAAAGCUCGAUUAUGUCACGGAAGUUAUCAAGUUAUUAGAUAUGGAAGAAUAUGCUGAUGCUGUGGUUGGUGUUCCUGGAGAAGGUCUCAAUGUUGAACAACGCAAGCGCCUAACCAUUGGUGUUGAGCUUGUUGCUAAGCCUCAACUACUUCUAUUCCUCGAUGAACCUACUAGUGGUCUAGACUCACAGACAUCAUGGUCGAUUCUAAAUCUGCUCGAAAAGCUUACUAAGAAUGGGCAAGCUAUCUUAUGUACCAUUCAUCAGCCGUCCGCAAUGCUCUUCCAGAGAUUUGAUCGACUUCUUUUCCUUGCUAAAGGUGGCAGGACGGUGUAUUUUGGGGAUAUUGGGGAGUCUUCUAAGACGUUGAUUGAAUACUUUGUGAAAUACGGUGCACAUCCUUGUCCAUCUGAUGCAAACCCGGCUGAGUGGAUGCUUGAAGUUAUUGGCGCUGCUCCAGGCAGCCAGUCUGAGAUAGACUGGCCUUUGGUAUGGCGUAAUUCUCCAGAGCUCAAUGCAGUACACGACGAACUCGACAAAAUGAGAUGGGGUCGACAACUCGAAUCCCUCGCGUCCGAUGACAAAGCGGACUAUCGUGAAUUUGCAGCUUCUCUCACCGUACAGUUUUGGCAAGUGCAGAAACGUGUUUUCCAACAAUACUGGCGCACACCAAGCUAUAUUUACUCCAAACUCCUUCUGUGUAUUGCCCCAGCACUUUUUAUUGGCUUCUCCUUUUACAAAGCAUCAAAUACUCGCCAGGGCCUCCAAAACCAAAUGUUCAGUAUCUUUGAGUUGAUGACACUGAUACCUCAACUUGCCCAGCAAACUAUGCCACUUUUCGUCGCGCAGCGAGAAUUAUUCGAGGUCCGUGAGCGACCUGGAAAGACAUACUCAUGGCUCCCGUUCUUAAUAUCCAAUGUUUUCGUCGAGGUUACAUGGGGUGUAUUCUGCGCCAUCCUCGUAUACGUUUGUUGGUAUUACCCUGUCGGUCUGUGGCGCAACGCAGAACCAACUGAUAGUGUUACUGAACGUGGCUUGUUGACGUUCCUGCUUCUCCUUGCGUUCAUGCUCUUCACCUCGACUUUUGCACACAUGGUAAUUGCUAGUAUCAGUAACACUGAUACUGCUGGGAAUAUCUCCAAUUUGUUGUUCAUCCUAAACUUAAUUUUCUGCGGGGUCCUCGCUUCACCUAACACAUUUCCUGGAUUUUGGACCUUUAUGUACCGACUCUCUCCUUUCCAUUACCUCGUUGGCGGCUUGCUAUCCACUGCUGUCAAAGACACCGGCAUCGCCUGCGCAAAUAGUGAAUACCUGAACUUUAAUCCCCCCCUGGUCAAACCUGCGGUGCAUAUAUGGAACGACAGAUCAGUCAAUUUGGAGGCUAUCUUCAAGACCCUAACUCGGCAUCCAAUUGCUCGUUCUGUCCGCUUAGCGACACCAACCAGUUUCUGGAAACGGUUUCUGCCGAUCCUAGCCAAAGCUGGAUGAACUUUGGCCUUAUGUGGGUCUAUAUAGUAUUUAAUAUCUGCGGUUGCUUUUUCUUGUACUGGUUAUUCCGAGUACCAAAAACACCGAGAGGGUCUGAAAAAAAGGAAUCACAAAGUGGCCAGACAGUGUGAUUCGUGUACUGGAUAUAUCGCAUUACCAGACAAUGCGUGGAUGGGCAAAUUUAGUUUGUAAUUUAUAGAUCAUAUAAUAGAAUAGAGUAGAAUAGACAACGAUAAACCAGAAGGGAUUAG